GCGGCAGCGUUUUCGGUACACCGCAAACUAUCAGCUAUUUUUAUACCGAUUUCCCAACGAAUCGUGAAACUGUAGUGUGACCAAAAGCACCAUAAAGCCACAGAGACCAACGUACAGCGGGCAGAAGCGAGUUCUGGGUCUAGCUGGUGCUUCAUUUCAUUCAUCUCCAGAAGGACGCCGGCCGGCGUCCUGACAACAACAAGACAACAUGGCGACCGACGCGGAGGUGAGCUGGUCGACAGUAGUAAAGCGAGGAACCACCAGGGAAACGGUUUUUCCUAUAUUCAUUAUGGAGAGAGAAAUUGUCACGAAAGAAGAGGCUUAUGCAAAUCCCAUAAAGGAGGAAGAGAUGUAUCAUUGUCUGAUACAAAGCAUUAAUCCAGCCCACCUGAGAUCAAUCCAGAGAGUACGGGCCUUAUGGAGGGUCUAUCUACACAGUAAUGAAGCGAGAGCGAAGUUGCUGAUCGAAGGGAUCACCGUAAGGGCUAAAUCGGUCGACUGUAAGGAAACGAAUCCUUUCAGCCUGAAACACAGAAUGCAGAACAUGAACAACACACUAAUUACAAUCAAGGACAUUCCAGAAUCAGCUGAUGACAGCAUUAUAGUGGAAUUCCUGACUAAUGCAGGGUGCAAAACAGUCGGACGAGUGAAUCACAGAAAAAUCAGAUAUAACAACCGACUUACCAACUGCAGCAACGGAGACAGGCUGAUUUACAUCGAACAAAAACCCACAAAAGCCAUACAACGAAAUGUGAAGAUUGGGACACACUGGGCGCGAGUCUUCUACAACGGACAAGAACUAGACCGAGAGCAGAUAACUCACACAGCCAGCGACCAAAAUAAAGCAAAUGAUGACACUCAGACCGCUGUCAGCACACCUACAACAGAGUCAAAUAUGGACUUCAUUGAUAGAGCGUAUGAGGAGCAUGUAAGCCAAACUGGAAAGGAAAAUAAUACAUCCACCAUGGGGGAAUCCCCAAACACCGAAGAUAAACAAAAACAAUCAGAAGAAAGUGAAAGUGACGACAAGUCAACAGAACCUACGACCAAGAAAGAUAAGAAAAAGAAAAAGAAAAAAAAACAAGGCAAGAAAAAACAAGACGACAACACAAAAGAAGAUGACACACCGGUUAUGCAGAAGGAGAAGCCAAGACAAAGAAGUAACUCACUUGGCGAUAUGGACGAAGCAAAAGUGUCAUCAAUCUUAAAAUACCUACGAAAAGGAAAGGAAUCUCAACCAGCGAAGAGGCCUCGAGAGCCAAGCUCGUCGUCCGAAACAGCACAGACAUUGCCAACAAAAAAAGCACAGAUGGAGGACCUACAACAGCGGGAAAGCUCAUUUGCCGAGGAGGAAACACAAACCGCAGUGACAUGAACGCUAAUGCAGAUAAAGCGACGUCAUCUACGGGAAAGAAAGCAGAACGGACUAGACUACGAAUAUGGAUUAUUGAUUAAGACUCUUUAUACAUACAGAGACAACAAACAUACGUAAGUAUUUGUUUACAAACAUUGGAACUAUGGCUCGACAAGAAAAAUUAAGUGUACUAUCCCUGAAUACAAGAGGGCUAAGAGAAAAAGAAAAAAGAAUGCAAAUGUUUACAUGGUUACAGCAUCAAAAGACAGACGUAAUCUUUUUGCAAGAAACGCACUUCACAGCUGAAAUAAUAGAGCAAAUUAGGAUGGAAUGGAAAGGAAAAAGUUACCACAACGUUGGAACAAAUUUAAGUAGAGGGGUAAGCAUUCUAUUUAAACACAACAUAUCUAUUACUAAACAGGAAAUACACAGUGAUAACAUAGGAAGAAAAAUACUAAUAAACUGUGAAAUUAAAGGGGAAAUGAUCACUUUUGUUAACAUCUAUGCCCCUAACACACAAACCACUAGAAAGUGUUUCUUAAAAGAACUUAUCAAUUGGCUACACGACUACAAUAUAUACGAACUUAUUAUUGGAGGAGAUUGGAACACAAUCUUAGAUCUUAAGAAGGACAAGCAACCAGCUUCAAGACAAAAUAAUACAUAUUACACAGAGGCAGCUUCAAUAAUACACAACAUUUGUAAAAUAUUCCAACUAUAUGAUGUCUGGAGAGAAACAUAUCCAGAGAAACUACAGUUUACUUGGAGAAGAUUGAAACCCUCAGUAGCUUGUAGACUGGACUUUUUUUUAAUCCAGAAAUCCUUUAAAAGUAGAGUAAGCGGUACCGACAUCAGACCAGCUACACGCACGGAUCAUCAAGGGAUAACAGUCAAAAUAGACACUAAAACAGAAGGCAGAGGGCCUGGACUAUGGCGAUUUAAUAACAGUUUAUGCCAAGACAAGAAUUACAGAAAAAUGUUAAUACAAAUAGUGGAACAUUUUCAAAAUAGAUACAAAGAAGAAGAUAAUAGAACACUGUGGGAACUAUGUAAAAAGGGUAUUAAAGAAAAAACAAUUCAAUACAGUAAACAAAAAGCGCGCCUUCGCUCAAAAUGUGUGCGAACGCUCGAAAAAGAACUUCUAGAUUUAGAACGACAACUAAACGACAAUAACGAAAUUUUACUAAAAUACAACCAAGUAAAGGAACAACUAGAUAAAUUUUAUAAGUACAAAGCAACAGGAGCAAGGAUAAGAGCAAGAACAAGGUACUAUGAAGAAGGCGAAAAGUCUACAAAAUUAUUUCUAAAUCUAGAGAGAAGUAAUAACAAAAAACACACAAUUACAAAAUUGAUAGGACCAGGAAAUCAAAUGUUUACAAACAACACCGAAAUACUGCAACAAUGCAAGGAAUUCUAUGCAAAUUUGUACACAUCCAGACAGGUGCAUGAGGAUGAGAUAGAGAAUUUUCUGGGAAAGGUUGAAAUACCACUCACCUUGUCUGGGGAAGAUAAUAUUUAUUUAGAUAGCACACUGCAUGAUAAAGAUUUCGAAAAUGCGUUAUCGCAAAUGAAAAAAGGGAAAACCCCCGGCUCAGACGGACUUACUGUUGAGUUUUAUCAGGCUUUUUGGGACAUCGUAAGCCAAUUAGUAAUUAAUUCUAUUAGAGAAGGCUUGGAAAAAGGAGAGUUAUCGGUAUCUCAAAGAAAAGCCGUCCUUAAACUGCUACAUAAAGGCGGGGAAGAUAAUAACAUUGAUAACUGGAGACCAAUCAGCUUGCUUAAUGUUGAUUUCAAAAUAUUGACACAAAUAUUAGCGAAUAGGUUAAAACCUUUUUUAUCCAAACUAAUAAAUGUUAAUCAAACUGCUUAUAUAAAAGGGAGAAGUAUUACACAAAACAUAAGACUACUCUUAGACAUCAUGACAUACACAGCAAAAGAAAACAUACCCGGAUUAUUGUUAUUCCUCGAUUUUAAAAAGGCUUUUGAUUCUGUGGAACGAAAUUUCUUAUUUAAAGUGCUAGAAAAAUACAAUUUUGGAAAUCAAUAUACGAAUUGGUUAAAAACAAUCUACACUAAAUGCACAAGCGGAGUUAUCAACAAUGGCUGGAUUUCUGACUUUUUCCUUUUAGGCAGAGGAGUGAGACAAGGCUGUCCACUAUCCGCAAUUCUUUUUCUUUUCGUAACGGAAAUACUAGCAUUAUAUAUAAAUCAAAACAAAGAAAUACUAGGAAUUAAAAUUGUAGAUGGUGAUAACAUAAAAGAAAUAAAAAUCUCUCAAGUUGCGGAUGAUACAACAUUGUUAUUAGGAAAUGAAAAGUCUGUACAUACUGCAAUAGAUACACUGUCUUACUUUAGUAAAAUUGCAGGACCUGAACUAAAUCUUAGAAAGACACAAGCUAUCUGGCUUGGUUGUUGGAAAUUCAGGAAAAAACAAAUACACGGAAUUUCCGUACCCCAAACACCAAUCAAGUCUUUAGGAAUUUAUUUCAGUUAUGAUAAAAAAGAGUGCAAUGAAAGAAAUUGGCAUGAAAAGGUUACAAAAAUAGAAAGCAUGCUAAACAUAUGGAAGAACAGAAAGCUAACUCUAUAUGGAAAGGUAACUAUAUUAAAAACUCUAAUAAUGUCACAAAUAACAUACUGUGCUACAGCUCUAUUAGCCCCAGAACAGGUUAUUGUUAAACUACACCGUCUAUUUUAUCAAUUUUUGUGGUCAGGGAAGAAAGACAAAAUAAGAAGAUCGGUUACCAUAGCAAACUAUGACAAAGGCGGACUAAAAAUGAUAGAUAUCAGAGCACAAAUCGAAGCAUUAAACGCUGGGAUUAUUAGACGUCUUAUGGAUAAUACAUCAGGAGAUUGGAAAAUCAUACCAAGUCUUUAUCUAAACAGCAUUGGAAGUGACUUUCUAAUCUUGAAAAUGCAUUUUAAAAAUAGAUCAAAUUCUCCCAAUCUACACCACAUACCCCCAUAUUAUAAGCAAGCCAUACUUAGUUGGCACCGAGCGGGUGGCGGAAACGUACCCGAACCAGUAACAGCUAACGAAGUCAAAAAUCAUAUUAUUUGGGGGUCUAGCUAUGUCACAAAAACCCAAAGAAAAAGAAAACACGCAUCAUUAUACUACAAGAAAUGGAUAGACGCAGGAAUAAUAUACAUAAGAGAUCUGUUGGAUAAUAACAAUCAUAUAAACGAAUUACAGAUACUUAACAAACUACACGAUAAAAAAAAUUGGCUUGCUGAAAUGUACACCGUUAAAAAUGCAAUUCCGAAAAGAUGGUUAGCACUACUGAACGACACCCAAUGUCAAACAACAGAAUGCACAGAACAAAG